AUGCCUGGGUCAUUCGCCAAAAUCGUGCGUGGUAGUGAUGUUUACACGUGCGACGUAUGUCGACUUGACCGGAUCCUUACACGCUGGCGAAAGAGCGACGUCGACAGCGACCUGUUCGGGUAUCGACAGGAACCCUCUGAGCCCGCGCCCAAUCUCAAAUGA